UUAUUGUUGAUUUGGGGGAAGUUGUGAUAAACUAACAGAAUUCCAAACUGAAAAAUAAAAUGAAAAUGGAAGACCCUACUUUUACUUUAGGCUUAGUCUCAAUUGACUUCCGCGGACACCGUGUUUCUCAAGGUUACAAAAAUGCAAUAUUGCCUAAAAAAUUCCUUCUUUUCAUCUCAAUUUUUGUGGGUUUUUGUCUUCUAUUGGAGUGCUGAUCAAAUCUACUGGAGCUGGAGUACUAAAAUUGAUCGCCUCUCAAACCUUUUGAAGCAUUUUUAGACCUUUUUUUUUUAGUUUCGCUUCUUCCGGAGGCCAAGAGAGCUAGAAAUGUCAACUUCUGCAAAUGAAGAUCGGGAGCUGAGGAAAACUGAGAACAUGGAAGAAUCAGAUCCAAUGACAAUCGAAUUUCUACGAGCAAGGCUGUUAUCUGAAAGAUCUGUCUCAAAAACAGCAAGGGAAAGAGCUCAUGAGCUGGCUAAUAGGGUGGCAGAACUCGAAGAACAGCUAAAGUUUGUUUCGCUUCAGAGAGAAAAGGCUGAAAAGGCGACAUCAGAUAUUCUUGUGGUUCUGAAAAAACAUGAAAUAGGUGAUGUAUCUGUAGAAUUCGAUUCAUCAUCCGAGCAGGAGGAAAACUCACAGGACUUUGAAGUUCGCAAUGGUCCUUUGACGACAGGAGAAGCUUCAACCAACUUGAAAUCAAGAAAUAACGAGAUGGAGGCGUAUACCAGUUCUGAAAUUGAAUCUUCUCCAUCAACUGGUAGAAGCUUGUCCUGGAAAAGUACUCGAGAUUCUCAGCAUUCCGUUGAAAAGAAGAAACACAUAGAUCCCGUCAGAAGAAGAGCUUGUUUUUCAUCUAACGGUUCGUCAUCAAGGAGUGGAAAAUCAUGUCGUAGGAUAAGGCGCAGACACACAAGAUCAGUAGAAGAGUUGCAGAAUGACGGGACUGAGAAGACCACGCACUCCAAAGGCUCAUCAAACGGUUCUGAUGGCGAGGCCAUUGCAUCGCCAGAAACUUCUGGGUACGCUAAUGGGGAAAACCCUCCGGAAAAAACAGUUUCCGGAAAAAGUAAUGGAACCCAAAAAGUUAAUGGCCACCAUUUUGGUGUACCGGAAAAGGACAAAGACAUGGAAAGUGCACUGUUGCAUCAGGCGCAGCUCAUUUGCCGAUACGAAGAGGAGGAGAAUGCCCAAAGAGAAUGGGAAGAAAAGUUCAGAGAGAAUAACAAUGGCACACAGGAUUCAUGUGAUCCAGGUAUCCAUUCGGAUGUGACUGAAGAACGAUACGAGACAAAAUCACUCGAGCCGCCUGGUGCUGCUGCGACAUUGGAUUCUGACGAUCAAGAAGUGAAGCAACAGGCAGCUGAACCUCCCCAGAAUUCCAAAGGUUCACCACCUGCAGCAGACGACGAGAAGGGAAGCUUGCGGGAUGACAAACACAACACCAGCAUAGCUGCCCCCGAAUCAUCAGCAUCCGAGUUUUCAUUUCCCAAGACAGAGAAAAGUCUUGAAGAUUUCUCAGGGAGAGCUGCCGAUGAGGCAUCCAGACACAGAUCCCGACAAUAUAUGUCCACAGAACAAGUGCCAGAAAAGACAUCUCAGCCUUAUGCAGGGAAAAACGUCCCUCUCUCAGGGGCUUCCUCAUCCUUCGAUCUUGCAGUCGUGCCUCAGGAAACUUCUACUAGUUUAGGAUCUGUCCUGGAAGCACUCCAGCGUGCCAAACUAUCACUGAACGAGAAACUCAGUAGCUCGCAUCAGGUAGCAGAACGAAUGUCUGGCAGAGUCAUUCAACCUCCCAACGCCUACACAAACACGAUGAAUGGCUUCCAGAUUCCCUUCGCAACCCCUGGCCUCUUCAGAUUGCCAACAGAUUAUCAGUUUGAACCGACUGCUAGAGUCAAUCCCGGCAUUGGUCCACAACUAAUUUUUGCCAAUUUCACCGAACCAUAUGUGGAGCCAAGAAGUGAUGUAUCACGUGACCUACACCGCAUGUACACUGCUCCAAGCAGAAGCUUUACUCCAGAAAUAAGGUCUACUGCAGCUCCUCCGCAUAGGUUUCUUAGCCAGCCUCGGCUUGGGGGAGGCGAUCCCAGCCCUUCUACCUCAACGAACCAUCUUGAUCCUCGUGUCCCACCACCUCAAGAAUUGUAUCCGUUUUUCCCAUACACCAAUAUUUCUUCAAACAAGGAAGAGAUUUCAAGGACUUCACUGAACUCCGAGAAGGGGCUACCACCGUUCAUACGCUUGUCUCCUUAAGAUGGACACCCCGGACCAAGCAUGUACAGGUAGCCUUGAAUGGUGUGAUCAAGAAUUGCUUCUUUUGGUGGGUAUGGAUUAUUACAUAACUCUUUUUUUGCUUCUUAUUACCUUGGAGUGAACAUCUUGUAGUAAUUAGUAGUAGAAUUUUACCACCUUCAACUUUAAUCAGCUUGUUUAGUUCUGUAGAGAGCAGCAUUGAUACAUAUUUAUAUCUUGUAACAUGCUCAAUGUGAGCAAUGAAAGAGAGUUUCUUCUGUUGUAUGAUACAUCUAGAAACAAAGGCCCCCUUCUUUUUAGUAGAUAUAUUGAAGGGGCAUUUAUUUUGUUGGACAUAUGAUGUAAUAUAGUAGUACCAUGUUUUUAUUAUUUUCCAAUGGAAUAUUGGUAAUUUAAUUUA